AUGAAAUGGGCAGCAGUGGUGUUAGGGUUGUUGGUUGCUGGAGUGGCUAGAUCCGACCGGAGGUUGAAGAAAGAUUCGCAAGCUGGAACUAUACCUAUUGAUCGGCGUGUUCUUAAAGAAUAUUCUGAAAGGAAGAAGGAUGACUGGACUUUAGUUCUACUGGCAACAGCGAGUGAUACUCCACGUUGUGAAUUCUGCACGAGUUGUAUUCAUGCUCUGGAGAAGGCAGUAGGAAAGCUGAGUCGUGAGGAUGCACUGGAUGUAACCGUGAUAGAUGAUAAGGGGCGCACGGUUGUGUUCGGCGUCCUCGACGUGUUGCGGUACAGAGAUGUAUUGUACCUCAACGACAUUCCACAUGUUUAUAUACUGAACCACAAUAACUUGAAGUGUCCUGGUUCCGGGUUCUGUAAACAUACAGCUCAGGAUAUUCUACCCAGGACUGAAAGCAUUGACGAUGCCGUACUUAUAAAAGCUGUUUUACACAAGCUUGGACGAGAUGACCUGUGGACGAAACACUUCUAUAAACCACCUCUUAUUACCAAACAAAGACUUCUCGGAACCCUCGCAACAGUGGCCGUCAUAUCACUACCAUUGCUUCCUACCAUCACAAAAGUCCUAAUCAAACAUAUGUGGAUGGUCGCAGUCCCAGCUUUGACCAUAUUCUGGGCGUCAACCAGUGGGAUAAUCUACAACUGGCAAAACAAUAGCUGGAGGCUGUUUGGGCUCGACCAGUAUGGAAACCGAGUGUAUAUCCAUCCUCAGGCCCGAUUCCAAUUCCUAGGUGAAGGCAUGGGUCUAGCUUUUCUAAAUAUUGCCAUUUCCUUCCUGUUGUAUUUCGUGGCUGUUGCUAUGAAUCCGAAGAAUAAGUACAGGAGAGUGUUGCUUCCCCUUGCGGUGAUGAGUGGUAUGAUAUGCUUCUAUUUGUAUUUCCAGGUGUCUGGAAUUGUUCUUAGGAAAGCGCCAUACAUCAGUUAUAAUCUUCUACCAGGCAAUAAUUACGUUCGGGGAUCGCCUCGCAACGAUCGACACUAUACUAUCUAG